UUUGGUUCCACAAUUUUUAUUAUAAUUUUCUAUGGUGCUGCCACCUUUUUAUUUUGCUCGACACGCCGGCAAGUGAAUUCGAAGUUGUCAAAAUUGCAAAAGAAUUAAUUCGUUGAAAAUGGGUGGAAGCCAAAGCCGUACUAGAAAAUUAACAGUGGAAAAUGAUGACCCAACUAGUGUAAUAAAAGUAUCAGACGAUGUAGUGCAACGUAUUAAAAACAACAGUCAAGCAAGGCCAGCUGCCCCCGAACCGUCUUACCAACAAGCACCCCCACAGCAGGCCGUGCCGGUCCAACCCAUGUUUAUAUAUGAGCCCAGCGUAACUUCAGUCCAGCUAAGACAGGCCAAUUUAGCAGAAUUAAAGAAAAACGACCACUACUGGGAGAAUAGACUUAAAAACCAGCAAGCAAAUCAUCAGAAAAUUAACGAGAUUAUGGAAGCGGAAUAUAAGAAAGCUAUUGAGGAAAUGGAAGUAACAGAAAAGACUAAAACUCCAUCUAGGGCGUUACCCCCGUGUCAGGAUGCUAAAGAGGCCGUUAUGAGGUGUUAUAGGGAGCAUGCGAAUGAACCAAUGAAGUGUGCUAAAAUCGUACAAGCCUUUCAGCAAUGUGUGGAUUCAAAGAGGGCCAGUUUGAUUGCUAACAGGGGCUAGUAGUGGACUGAUUAGAGCAUUUGAAAUUAUCGUUUUUAGAAAACACUACAGUGUUAAGGUGUGUUAUUUGUAAAUAUUAUUAAAAACAACAAUAUGUUA